AUGGGACGUGCCGGCCGCGCUGCCACCUCGAGAGCCCAUGCGCAGCCCGCGCCGCAGCUGAGCCCCGUGCAAGGGGAUCGGGUCUGGAGAGAGCUGGUGGAGGCCGAACGGCGAGGCAGGAAAAGCUGGUACCAGAACUGGAGCUUCCUAAAGGACUAUGACCAAUUGGGUAGGAAAAAGGAGCAGAAGCCACUGCCAAACUACGUGCCUGUGUUUUCAGACAUAGUUCCCAACUGCACCAACCAGGUAAUUGGCAGUCGAAUGAAUACUGAGCUUGGUAAGACCUUGGCAAACAUGGAUUACUUCUCCAGCAGCGGUAGACGAAAGCAGAAACUUGAAGAUGAGCUCCUGCCUUCCUAGUGUUUAACUGAAAAUACCAGUAACAGCAAGUUCUAGCUAACAGGCUUCUUUCAGACUCCACAGCAUUGAAGACAGCAGG